CUUUGUCAAAGCGGGAAAUUUUGGCUGGGAUACUCCCUGUAGUCAUGCACUUUGAUCGUUUAUAACUGUCUCGAGUAGUCGGAUUAUGACUUGAAGUCCCCUCCCUCCCACCACUCAGAAUAGGGCAAGGCCAGGGCCAAAGUCUCUCAAGAAACUGGGCAUGGCGACGCUGCGAAGCUCUGUGCGACCCAGGAUAAGUGGUUGCAAAUGAUUUGCGGACCCCGCGAGCGUUGUCGGGUGUCACCUUCGCGAUGCCCAAUGCCCUUUAAGCUUGCCAGCCAUCUCAAGCCGUCCGAAGUUGUGGAUACUAUCAGAUUUGGGGUGAAACACGUCUAGGCCAAAAGAAUUUUGCGAUUUAAGCCAAGCAUAGUCCUGAUGGGGCCAAGGCCUAGGGAUUGGGAGGCUGUUGUCGACUGUCGUGCCGAGCGGGUGCAUGCGCCCUGCCAACUUCUGUCAUUGCUGCCCAAAACCCUAAAAUCUAUCUCAACCCUUGCGUUUUCUCCUCAACUGGCGUGCGCUCCAAUCUCAUUUGAGGAUAGGAUCAACUUCCCAAAGCUGGCCACGUUCUUCCUGUGGGGGCGAAAUCUUGGAGUGUCUUUCAGCAGAGUCAGGCCCAUCCAUGCCAAACCGUGCUCAAUGGCUGCCACAGCUAUCCACCUGAUGGAUACUGGGACGGCAAAAAAGUCUAGCCUCGGAGAUCUUCCUCUCUCUUUUCUGAUUGCGAUGAUUGCUCGAUCGCCAUCGUCAUUUUGUCCGUGUCGUAACCGCCGCUCCUGUUCAAUCGAUUGUUUCCACCCUGUCAAUCCACUGGAGCGUGGGGAAUUUCCCUUGGGCUCCGUUGUCCACCGUGUACGACUCCAUAUUCCAGGCGCCCUUGAUGCCCGGCUUAUUCCUGGCGAAUAGUGAUCCCCCUCCAGCCUAUCCUGGUCACUGGCUGCGAGUCACCGACAAACAGUGCCUUCUUCACACUCCGUGGGUCUUCGAAAGGAAGAGCUUAUCUGCCGCCUCGAUGGGUUUUACCCGUGCCCUGGCUUUUUACAUAUAUGCUACA